AUGGAGUAUGUGGGGGUCCAUUUAGCUUUUAAAUCACAUUGGCAUAAGAUUGAUGAGGAAGUUUGUUGGCACAGUAUGUCCUCUAUCCUACAUAAGUUGAUUCAAAAUGACUUCUUCCAAAGUUAUCUCUACUUGGAAAACCUACCUCUAGUCAAACUUUGUGCCCUGACAAGUGAAGUCAUCAAUGGUGAAAUGCAAUUUUAUGCUAGAGCCAAACAUUUUUACAGAGAAGUGUCAGCAUGAGAAGACAGUAUGAUGGGAGAUUUUGUUGAAGUAUCCAAUGGAGAUAUUCAGUCAUCUAGGGGUUUUCUAAAGAAUUUUGUAGGGGGGCCUGGAGGAGCUGGCACUGACCUUGCUCUUGAUUGUGGCUCUGGAAUAGGAAGAGUUAGCAAACAUGUUCUCCUUCCCAUGUUCAAACAUGUGAAGCUUGUGGACAUGAUGGGGUAUUUUCUAGCAGAGGAUCAAAACUAUGAACCUGUAUCAGGUCAGAAAGAAAGAGUUGACAUGUAUUAUUGCUGUAGCCUGUAGGAAUUCACACUAAUUCCUAGAAAAUAUGAUGUCAUCUGGAUUCAGUUUAAUCUCAUUAUUUUAUGUCUUGCUGGAAAUCUGACAGAUAAGGAUUUGCUGAGGUUUUUUAUCUGCUGCCAGAAUGGCUUGAAGGAUAAUGGCAUUAAGGAGGUCUGUGUCCUGGAUUCAUUGGACAGUAGUGUAAGAGACGUGAACAUUCUCAGAAGUCUCAUUGCCAAGAGUGGACUCACCAUCUUGGAUCAAAAAAAGCAGGAGAACUUUCCUGAGCAGCGUGUGCCAGUCUGGAUGAUAGCAAUGCAGAAGAAUUUCACCCAUCCCAGAAAAGGGAUGUUACACUUAGGAAAACUCCCAACCAUUCCUGAAUAA